AUGACGUCACGUCCAGCAUCACAUUCAAGUUCUUGGUACUCUGAUAAACCAGAUGAACUAAGUGAUCAAUUGCAAGGUUAUUUAAAUGGUGCUUCUUCUUCUGCUGAAUUGAAGAAAGAUGCAAGGUUAAUUAUUUCACCACAUGCAGGAUAUAAAUACUGUGGUAGUACGAUGGCCCAUUCGUAUGCUUCUUUAGAUUUAAAUGAGAAUAUUGAAAGAAUAUUCAUUUUAGGUCCAUCGCAUAAUGUAUAUUUUAGAAAUCAGAUAUUUUUAUCAGCUUUUGAAACCUUAUCUACACCACUGGGUGAUUUAAAUGUUGAUACCGCUUACUGUGAAAUGUUAAUAAAUUCUAAUAAUAGUUUGUUUGCAUAUAUGGAUAUGGAAACUGAUAUAAGUGAACAUUCUUUAGAAAUGCAAUUUCCAAUGCUGGUCAAAACUAUACAAUGGAGAAAAUUAUCAUUAGACAAAAUUAAAGUGAUUCCAAUGAUGGUAUCGCAUAAUACAGAAGAUAUUGAUACAAAGAUUGCAGAAUUUAUUCUUAAAAAAUUUAGGGAUCCAAAAAAUUUAUUUAUCAUUAGUAGUGAUUUCUGCCAUUGGGGUCGCAGAUUUAGAUUUACUGGUUAUGUUGGAAGUCCAGAAGAAUUACAAGAUUCGAUAAAUGAUGAGGUUGAAAUAGAGAUGCUGACUUCAAGAAGUAAACUACCUCGCCACAGAGUACCAAUUUGGGAAUCAAUAAAAUUUCUCGAUGAAUACGCAAUGGAUUUAUUGGAUAAAAGUGAGAAUCCUGAAAAAUAUAAAGAUUGGAAACAGUAUUUAGAAUUGACAGGAAAUACGAUAUGUGGAGCAAAACCUAUUCAAUUGAUUUUAAAAGUAAUUGAGUUAGAGAAAUACCCUGAAAGAAUUCGUUUUGAAUGGCCAAAAUAUUCGCAAACAUCACAAGUUGAAAAUGUUAAUGAUAGUAGCGUAAGUUAUGCAUCUGGUUAUGCGAUUAUUUGA